AUGGUUUACACCCACCUUGGCCACCGCCAUAUAGCGCCAGGAGAAUCUCCCGGUCCUCAGAAAACGCGCUCCUCCCUGGGUCCCAAGCGUCCCAGCGCCGCGGCCAGCCCUCCCUCCGUCUCAGUGACGUCGCCCUCCACCGUCAGCGGCAGUUCGCUGGCGGCGUCGUCGCCCACCUAUGAAGCGGUAGGUGAAUGUGACUUCGUCUCCUUUCCCAAGAGCGUCCAGGUGCCGAAUCUUCCGGUGGUUUACUUCAAUGACGAGGUGGAGCAACAGCUGAUUUGGGAGUACUCGCAGGUGAAGGACGGCCAGGUACAAGUGACCUCGACAACACCUGAUAUCCGGGUCAAGAAUCCAGUGGUGAUGUCCAAUGCUUCUCAGGGCUUUGUGGUACAGCCUUAUGAACUGAGAUAUCUUCACUACAGGAAGGUGGGCUUGGUCUUUGCCCGGCCUGCUGGGGGUCGCUUCAUGCAGCCCAGCAUCGACACCAUCCUGGUCUGUCGUGGCCUGGUCGACGCCUUGCGCGACAUGAAACCGGUGCAGCGGCUGAUCGAUGUGGGGAGCGGAUCAGGCUUCAUUGGCAAGUUCGCAGGGCAUUACGCCCAGGGUACGGGAUCCGUAGAGGUGACGCUGGUGGAUAUCGAUCCAGUGGCAAGCACGUACUACCAGUCCCGCACCUUCAAUGCAGAAGCAGCCACAGCCACCGGGCGCAAGAUCCAGUGGAAGUUCUGCGCAGAAGAUGCCGUGGCGCUGCUCGAGAAGGAUUGCGACUUUGACCUGAUCGUCUCAAAUCCUCCGUACAUUCCCACCAAGUCGGAAGCGGCGGGCAAGCUGUCGCCCCAUUCAGGCGGAUUUUGGGAGGGUGUCGGACUGGUGGUGUUCCUCCUAGAUCUUUUGGCGCAACGCGCAAAGCCCGGCACGAAGCUGGUGCUGAUGGUCUCCUCAUUGACACUCAAGGCUCCGGCUGUGUUGGAGGCGCUGGAAAGGACGGUGAAGAAUGGGUGCGCACUGAAGGUCUUGCUGGAAAGAGAAAUCGCUUGGAAAGCCUGGUACGCUGGCCCGAACUCCUUAGAUCAUCUUUUAGCGACGAAGAACCAGCGCGACACGCCCCACGAAGUGGCCGGGUGUCGUUUGUUCCUCGGGGCCACCGUGCCGGGCAGCAGCCGUUUCGGUACGUCUGAGGAUGGCCGCGACCUGCUGCUGGGAUAUCAUUGGCAUAUGGCCUAUGUGCUGGAGCUGCAAAAAGCUCCGAAAACAGAACUUUGA